UCCAUGUCUCAAAAGUAUUUAUUUGGAAGUGAAGUGAAGGAUUCAGGAAAAGGUUCUCAAGGGUUGAAUAGAAAUGGGAAUCAAUUAAGUCAGUUAACUACCAUUUCAUCACCUAAGCGUUCCUUGUUGGAGACUGAAGGAGCUAGUGUGGAGACAGUUGUUACUGAUGCCACUCAAGAUAAACCAUUCAGCCCAAAUCUUGAUUCUAAAGAUCAUAUCAAGAAGAUCAAGAUCGGAAUCAACGGGUUUAGAAGGAUUGGGCGUUUGGUUGCAUGAGUCGCUCUUCAGCGAAGCGAUGUGGAGCUGGUUGCUGUGAAUGAUCCGUUCAUUUCUACUGAUUACAUGACCUACAGGUUUAAGUAUGAUAAUGUCCAUGGUGCGUGGAAGCAACACGAACUGAAGGUGAAGGAUUCUAAGACCCUUCUCUUUGGUGAAGAAGAGGUUUCUGUUUUUGGCUGCAGGAACCCUGAGGAGAUCCCUUGGGUUGAGAUUGGAGCCGAUUUUCAAGAGUCGCUCAGGUGCUUCAACUCUUCUCAGGAUGAUGACAGUCGAAUCGAGUGCCUCGUGAGCACGAUCAUUUCAACUCUGUCUUCAAUGACACACUGCAGUGUCUUUUCGCCUGGUGGAGGGGAUUUAGAGUUUAUUAGAGUUGGGAGUUUGGUUUCAUUUCAAGAUUGUGGGAAUUUGAUUCAGAUUGGUGCUGAGGUGCUCGACAAUUUGGAGCUCAUGUUUCUAAUGCUAGCUGUACCACCAACUGCUUGGCUUCCCUUGCUGAGGUUAUCAUUGACAGAUUUGCAUUUGACCUUGAGACAAGGUCCAAAUUAAGGGGAGGGAAUUGUUAGGAACUGAUGCAAGUCGUGGAGCUGUUAUUCAAGUUGGAAUAGAUGAAUACAACAGUUGAAGACUUAUGCUGGAAAUGAGUGCACAGCUGAGAACAGAUACACCUGAACAUGGACUGAUAUGCAAGGAAAGUCAGAGGGAGGGGCUAAUCUGCAAAGUCUUUAAUACAAGGACUUAUCUUGUAAUAAAUGCUUAGUAGUCAGUUACAGUAGUUAAUUCUAUUCAUUCUGUUAGUCUUGUUUGUGUUGGCACGUGCACAAAGACUUGUAGCUGAAUUGUAUAAAGG